CUCAACCACACCAGCCCUGGCAAGCUUGCAAGAAUCGAAAUAUCGUCACCCAUGCUCCUAUAUGGACACCUGCUCAAGAAAGACGUUCGUCCAGUCGAAACCAAUUCACGAAUGAUGAACGAUCGAACGGAGCGGCUCAACCACUUAAAGAGAUGGGUGUAAUCUCCACGCUGACCACAAUGAAUGGAAAUAGAUAUGCGUUUCUCCUAGGCAGGAUAUUUUCGAGCGCUCAUGUCCGACAACCAUCGAAAUGCUUGGGAGCUUGCAGGAUGAAAACCGACAUCUCCUCAAUCAUCUUGUUCUCGAGAAUCCGCAACACCAAAUCACACUUGAACCGCGAGCUUUUGCAAUCUUUGCCUGCCGAUCCUCAUUCUGGUCAUUCGCGCCACAAAUCCGCAGCGAGAUGGCCAUCCUACCAGCACGUAAGGCGGUCGCGAUCCCCGUCGCGGCCGGACAGGAACUGAAGAUUGUCAACACGUUUGGCAAGCAAGUGGUGGACUUCUGGGCGUUCAACCCCAGCGACCCAAAUGACUUUCUGUCGAUGGUUCAUACCAGAACCAUAUUACUCAAUGUGGCCAUUUCAAAAGGCGAUGCGCUAUACAGCACUCGGAGGAAGCCCAUGCUAGUCUUGACGGAGGACACAACAAAGGGCGUUCACGACAUCAUUUGGUCGGCUUGCGAUGCCGAGAGAUAUCGUAUGCAGGGCUUCGACGGGUACCAUGACAAUUGCACCGACAACAUGCACAACGCCUUGAAAGACCGGUUCCCUGACUUCCAUAUCGCGGACGACUGGGUGCCUGAUCCAUUGAAUCUGUUCAUGAAUGUGGCCAUUGACCACCGCGGCGGACUGGAUAUCAAGACCCCAACCUCCGAACGGGGUCAGUUCGUGACUUUGCAGGCCCAGACGGACCUCAUCGUAGUCAUGAGUGCUUGUCCUCAGGAUCUGGCGCCCGUCAACGGGGGAAUGCCAACAGAUUGCGAAUAUUACGUCGGUGACGCGGGAAGCGUGGCACAAAUUCCACCUACAGUGUCUCCGCAACAUCGGCGCCGCGUCAAAGUAGCUCUGUCGUUUGAUUUUGAUGCCGUGUCGCACUGGCUCGGAACCGGGUGUCACAAGGACAACAACAUGGCCGAUUAUUCGUCCGGGAUUUUUGCUGGUCAGGUCGGCGCCAUCCGCUUACUUGACAUGCUCAAAAGAUGCGGAAUUGCAGACAAGGUGACGUGGUUUAUCCCCGGCCAUACCGUCGAGACGUUUCCCCACGCAGUCCAGAAGGUUGUCGAGUCGGGAGCCGAGAUCGGACUUCACGGUUACUCCCACGAAGGCAUCUACCAGAUGACCGAAGAGCAAGAGCGAGACGUCCUUCUCAAAUGCAUCGAAGUGGCCACGAAGCUGUGCGGCAAAAAGCCCAGGGGGUAUCGCGCGCCCAUGUACACGAUCCGAGAGACGACGGUCAAACUACUGCGACAACACGAGUUCCUCUAUGACACAUCGCUCAUGCAUCACGACUCGCAGCCAUAUUUCACGCCGAGCGAUCCCCCGAUCAAGGCCAUCGACUUCUCGCAGCCAGCCUCGUCGUGGCUUCACCCGACGGAGAUUUCGGCGCAGACGUAUCCGGAAGGGCAACAUCCGCUCGUCGAAAUCCCUUGUGGGUGGUACAACGAGGACAUGAUGCCGCUGCAGUACCUGCCGCACCUGGCCAACAGCAUGGGCUACGUGUCGACCCGCGUGGUGGAGCAGAUGUGGAAGGACAAGUUCAUGUGGCUGUGGGACAACUCGACCGAGGGCACCGAGUCCACGGACUUCGUCUUCCCGAUCCUGAUGCACCCGGACACCUCGGGACUCGCCCACAUCAUCGGCAUGUCGGAGCGCUUCAUCACUUGGUUGAAGGGGUUCGGAGAUAGCGUGACCUUCUCCACCCACGAAAACAUUGCCCGAGGAUGGCUGGCGGAGCAGAAGCAGAAGUUGGGCCUUGCUUGAAGCUAGUGGGCAGGGAAGGCAAGCUAUUCAGACCCGGCGGAUCGAACUUGAGAUAUCGUCGCGGAGAUUAUGCCAUCGCUCACUUAGUUAACAAGUUUGACUUGUGUCUAGUUGUUGUGUUCGACAGAAAAAUUCCCCCUUUCACAUCAUUCCAAUUCAUGGUAAUGAAAUACAUCUCUCGUUGGACCCUCCUUCUAUUUGGAAGUUUACCUGACAUACAGGCGUCAAGCUACGAACUGG